AUGGGACUACUAGGCCUAGGAGAUGCCAUUCUCAGAGGUAUCACGUCGAGAAUCGGCACAAAAUAUGGGUUCCUACUCUACAUAUCCGCCAGCAACUUGAUGCAAGCGAUAUCGGGCAUCGUUUUGAUUCGCAACGGCGAGAUUGUGAUGAUGCAAAUGUCCUUGAUAGGGACCCUGCAAGCCAACCUAUUGCUCCUCCCUGCUCUAUCUGUGUUUUACGCCACCCUUCGACAGAAGAGUAUGGUCCAUGAGUAUAGGGUUACAAAGAAAUACACUCUUCUGCUAUUCUUGGCGACUGGCGGAUUGGUCGCACCAACGGUAUUCGACCUAGAAACGACCUUGCCCACAGCUUCCACGGCGGGCUUGUCCCGGGGCACUUCUGUUUUGCUGAUGAUCGCAUACGGAGGAUAUCUAUUCUUUCAGUUAUCAACACAUAAGGCAUUCUUCGCGAGUGAUCAGUCGUUUAAUCAAUGCCCCAACCGGAGAGGUAACGCCCACGUCGUGGAGAAUGCAACGCUCGAGCACAGUCCCGCACCAGAAGGACAAGUGACAGAGGCAGGGGAGCUCUCAAUCUGGACAGCAUUCUUCAUGUUCGUCGCAACAACGGCUCUUCUCUAUUUCUGCGUCGACUACGUUGUUAACAGUGUUCUGGAGCUAAGGGAGAUACACGAUUCCCCAAGUCUCGGCUUCAGUGGCUACAUCCUGAUACCCAUCCUCAAUUGCGACUUAGCCGCGGUUGAGCAGGUGGAAUGGUCAAUGGAUUCGGUCUUGACAUUCACAUUUGACAAAUCAUUACAGUUGGCUUUGUUUUUCUCUCCGUUCCUGGUCAUGGUGGCUUGGGGCGCAGGUUUCGAGGACGCAAGCCUAUCUUUCGACAUAGUAGCAGUGACCACGCUGUUCACGUCUGUCUACUUGGUAAAUGCUCUCUCUGCCUCAGGGGAGUUCAACUGGCUACAUGGAAUUACGAUGAUGGCAUUGUACGCUGUUUUGUGUCUUACUGUGUCAUUUUAUCCAGUUCGACUGGACAACUGGAAGGGUCCUGGACCGAGUUCAGCUGGUAUGGUCUAG